GAAAGUGAUCGUUUACAAAGGAGCGUAGAGUUCACGUACCUUGAAACACUUGUGAAACAUCUUAAGAUUCAAUGUUGUUUGAUAGAAAAGAAAAAACAUAUAAAAGUGAAAUAAAUAUUCGUCACCACGUUAUAUCUCAUAUAUUUUUUGUAUUCGAAUUAUUAGAUAAUAUAAUACGUAGAUUACUUUCAAUUAUAUCACGUGUUUCGUCUAACUUUAUAAUCAUGUUCCCCGAUUGUGAAAUGUGACAUAGUAUGAAAUCUCAAUCGAUUAUUCAAAUAUUCGAUUCACUUGUGCAUACUCGAACAUUCGGAACUAUCAUAAACACACGAUGAACAAGAAGAAAGUGAAAAAAGAUUCAAUGAAGAAGAAAUCGGAUGAAACUUGUCAACAGAUGGAAUCUAUCUCUUCUAGUUGUGUCACUGAAAAUGAUAAUUCAACUAAUAAUUUUGAAGCACACGAACUUUGGAUUAAUGAAACGAAAGAAUCUGUUGAAACGAAUACGAAAUCUCAAUUAAGAAGAAUUAUAAAACGUAGAAAUAAAAUAUAUCAGAGAGUGCAAAAAAAAAUGAAUAUGAUAAAAAAUGUAACGUUACAUAUCGAUUUUUUGGAGGAAGGAAAGACAGACUCAGAAAAAACUGUCAAUCACGAAGAUCUUUGUAUAUUAACAAUUGAUUUAUUAAAUGAACUUUUGUUGUUAGCCAAAAAAAUUAGUCCGGAUUUAUUAUUUUUUAUAAUCAAAUACAUUAUGAAAAUGAAGAAUAUAACGAAAGAAAGUGCAUCUAGUCCAAAGAAGCGUCACAAGAAUCCACAGCCCAAGAAUGCAGUAUGUGCUCUAAAUGAAUUAAAAAGUGGUGCAGUGUAUAAGGUUGUUGACCAAACUGGCCCCACACAUGCUCCAAUAUUUACAAUAGCAGUACAAAUUGAUGGUCAAACUUAUGAAGGCAAAGGACGUACUAAGAAAAUGGCAAAACAUGCUGCUGCUGAACUUGCGCUAAGAAAUAUUGUUCAGUUUAGAAAUACACCAGAAGUUCAUCAAGCUAUUAACACUUGUCAACCUUCUAUUCCCCUUGAACCAGAUUUUACGAGUGAUGUUACGGAACGCGAUAAUCAUCUAGUCAAUGCUUUUAAAACUUUAAGUCAAGAACCAAAGAACACGAAUAAAUUUUUAGAAAAAGGUCCUGUAGCGCUUAUUAAUGAAUUAUAUCCUGGUGUAGUAUAUAAAUGUGUUUCUGACAAUGGUGAAAGCUAUGCAAAAUUUACAAUAUCGGUGACAAUUGAUGGAGAAACAUUUGAGGGAACUGGACCAAGUAAAAAAUUAGCAAAAGCUGCGGCUAGUAAAGCAGCAUUAGCUAAAUUAAGGAACGUUCACAGUUCCUCGUUCUGUAUACCGCUUCCGGUUCGCGUUUUGCCAAACUUUCCCAGUAGUGGCCACUGGCAAGAUCAAAUGUCUUUACCUCAAAUGUUAGCUGAUAAAAUUGGGAAAAUGGUGAAUCAAAAAUUUAGCGAAUUAAUUCAAUCAAAACCGCAACAUGCUCGUCGUAAAGUUUUAGCUGGAAUUGUUCAAACUAAAGGUUCAGAUGCGGAAUUAAUAUGUGUAACAACUGGUACAAAAUGUGUCUCGGGAGAACAUCUGAGUGUCAGCGGUGGUGCAUUGAAUGAUUGUCAUGCCGAAGUGGUAGCGAGAAGAUGUUUAUGCGAAUAUUUGUAUAAACAAUUGGAGCUUCAUACGGAGGACCGAACUGCGGAAUCUAUUUUAGAACCAGCAAAAAAAGGAUUUAAACUAAAACAAGGCAUUCAGUUUCAUUUGUACAUAAAUACCGCACCAUGUGGUGAUGCAAGAAUCUUUUCACCUCACGAAGAGAAUGAAUCCGUCGAUAAACAUCCAAAUCGAAGAGCAAGAGGUCAAUUGCGAACUAAAAUAGAAUCCGGAGAAGGUACCAUUCCCGUAAAAAGCAGCGAGGGUAUCCAAACAUGGGAUGGUGUGCUUAUGGGCCAAAGACUGCUGACGAUGUCGUGUUCGGACAAAAUAGCUCGGUGGAACGUACUUGGUGUGCAAGGUGCACUCUUGAGCUACUUCAUCGAGCCAAUUUACUUCCACAGCAUCGUUCUUGGCAGUCUAUUGAACCCAAGCCAUAUGUAUAGGGCGGUCUGCGGACGUAUUGAAAAUACGAUCCAAGGAUUACCGCCUCCAUACAGACUCAAUAAACCACUUAUGAGUCUUAUUACUUCGUCAGAGGUGAGACAACCUGGAAAAGCACCUAAUUACAGCGUUAAUUGGACAAUCGGUCAAUCAGAAGCUGAAGUAAUAAAUUGUACUACUGGAAAAGACGAAUUAGGAAAACCUUCUAGAAUAUCAAAACAAGGGCUGUUCAGAAGAUUUUACAACUUAUUAGGUAAACUUAAUACUAUUGAAGAUGCUGAUAAAAAUCAGUGUCGUCAUUAUUUAGAUGCAAAAUCUUCCGUACAGAAUUACUCGGUAAGUCGAAAUAUUUUUGUUAUAUAUCAGUGCGAAUUGCGUUCAUCACUAUUUCGUUCGAUUUUCUCUACAACAGCUUGCCAAGCAUCAGUUGAAGGAAGCUUUCGUAAAGGCACAUCUAGGCAGUUGGGUUAAGAAACCAAUCGAACAAGAUAUGUUUGAAGUUGAUAUCUGACUAAAUCAGGGUAACGAUAAGAUCUCAGCAGAUGAUACAGUUUUUCGGCUAUCAAACUACGUAGUUCCUACUGCAAACUAGACCACUCGUUCAGCGUGUUAUGAUAUGGCAGAAUGCGGCAUCAGUAAAGCAUAAAUCGUAGGUUCUCAUACAUGUCUGGUGAUUUUGGUUAUACGAUUCUGUCGUAUAUAUCGUGUGUUCAGAGUGUAAAAAAAAAAAAAAAAAACACGAGCCCUUGUUGGUUACUGGUUAUCUUGUCUUCGAGCCGUCGAAGGUUUCACGAUUCGAUAGUUGCUCAGUUUAGAUAUAGGAUUAUCAUAACUUUCGAUACUUCGAAUUAUAAUCUUAAUCAUUAGUGUGAUGUCAAUUUCGACAAAUUUUAUAGACUGGUAGAUGUAUAAAAAAUAAUAAAUUUUAUUUCGCAACACGAAUCAGGCAAAGAAAGAUUACACGUUGUGAAUUUACUAUUUGCGUAUAUAUUGAAUUCGAUCAAUUUUAAUAUUUGACACAUAUCUGAAAAUCAGUUUUAUUAUCGGAAAUUUUUAAAGCGGAUAUUUAAUAAUGGGAAAAAAGUAAAUACCUCUUGGUAAUUACUCUAAAUUAUUCGUAAAGAGAGGGAAAAAAAAUUUAAAUUGACACAAAACAUCUCGGGUUUUUAUUCGUGCCUGCAAUAUUUUCUAGGCUUUAGAAGUAACAGUGAUAUAUAACGUGCAUCAAGUUACAUCCCUAAAGGCUGUGACCGAGUAUAGAAUUGUUAACGCAAAUUAAAUACUUUGUUGCGAAGUUCAACGAAAUAAGACAGGAAUCGAUUCCUUGUCGGCGCAUUAAAUUUCUUUCGUAUCUAUUUUCGUUUAAAUCCUUCAUUUUCUUUUAAAAAGGGGUAGCAUUGGAUUAUUUUUUAUAAUAAUAAUAAUAAUAACAAUAAUAAUAAUAAUAAGAAUAAUAAUAAUAAUAAUAAUCGUCGACAAAGAAUCGGCCCUCGACAGUUCGACGUUGUUAUUAUUGGUUUUUAUAGGGAACAAAUGAUAGAGGAACUGUGUGAUUAAGAAUUAGCGUGAAAGUAUGGAUGAAUUAUAUGGUGAGUGUAGAAAUAUAUUAAUACAUUAAUAAUAGUUUAGAGAAUCCUAAGAUCAUUGCCUCACUGUGCCAGUAUUAUACACUUAAUGCGAUUCUGCCGUAAUGACACACUGCCCGGUGUCGGUCCAGUUUUGCAUGAGAAACUCGACAGAUGUACAAAUUAAUUUCGUUGCAGUAUUUCCUACUAGUAUUAGAAGCAAUCAAACUUCAAAAAAAAAAAAAAAAAAAAAAAAUAUACAUAUAUGAUAGCAUUAUUGAAUUUUAUUUAUUAUAAGAAAUUAUUAAGAUUUAUUUGACGAUAUUGUAUAUCGUUAUAUUUCCGUUUCAUUCCUUUUUUUUUAAACAAUGAUUCCAUCGGUGUAAAAAUAUUUAGUAACAAGUCGGAACCAAACGUAAUAUAAUGCCAAAGAUAAGCUAAUUUAACCGAUGUUCGCUUAUUUUUAAUAAAUUUUAUUAUUAUUGUUUAAUGUAAUUUUUAUAAUUCUUUAUAUUGACAUGUAAUGUCACCAACGAUUAAUUGUGUUCUUGGCGCUUUAUGUAUAAAAGAACAAAUUUUAUGAAUAAUCGCAUUUCGCUGCUUGCUUCUUGCCUUUUGCAUAUAUUAAAUGUGAAUUUAAUCUUUAUGAACACGCAUUUAAAUUACUUACAUAUAGUAUGUAUUAACUUUUUCGUCCAAAAUAACCAAAUUAGCAUUUCACUCGUAAAAAUAAUCUUUUUAAUCUGGAUCGACUGUAUUUACGGAAUUAAUUUGUGGUGUAUCGAGAGAAAAAGAGAGAGAAAGAGAGAGAGAGAGAGUGAGUGAGAGAAAGAAAGAGAGAGAGAGAGAGAGAGAGAGAGAAAGAGAGGAAAAAAAGAAAAAAGGCAGGUGUACACGCAAAUAGUAUCAUAGAUAAAGAAUACAUUUUAAAAAAAUCGCCAAAAAUACGUGACACGAAAGACAAAUUUGAAAAUCACGUAUUUAUCGUUUUCUCACAUCGUAUAAAAUCAUUAGUAAGUUUUACGACAGUAUUUUAAAUUUUUAGAAUGAUAGUAUUUUUAUUAUGUAGAAAGUAAUCGGUUUUUCUUGACUCUUCCGUAUCUUUCACCUAUCUUUGUGAAUCACGUCGCGUAUACACUUUAUAUAUACGUAUGUAUAAUAUAUAUUACAUUAUACACACUGAUCCGAUAGAAAUACCAUAUUAGUGGUCGGUAAUCAGAAACUUGGAGUGAGCAUAAUAGCUAUUAAUUAAUUUUAUUAGUCCUAGUUCAAUAAAUCAAUCUUUGACACGAUUUUCGAUUCUUCUCCGAUUCGGGGAAAAUAUAGUUUUAGAAAUAUCGAUCAUAAUACGAUCUCUCGUAGUCGGCUAGAAUUUAAGCUUGACUAGUGCCUCUAGUUGUAACUCUCUAAUUCAUAAGUAAUAUCGAUAUAGGCCAAAGAAUAUCAAAUAAAUUACCAUUUAUUUACCAAAUAUUGGUCGUUAUCUUGCAAUCAUCCCUAUUAAAUUUUAGAAUGUAUCUCGAACGAAAGAGGGGAAAAAAAUUAAGGGAAAAAAAAGAGAAUAAAAUGCUUGAUCAUCGUUACAAUUGUUCAUAUGCGUUUUAUCGUACAUUUCGAAAUUUUAGCCGAUAUUGCGUCAUUUUAGAGAUAGCAUAAAUAUAAAUUAUAUCAUAUGCGUUAUAAUUUUUUGAUAUCCAUUCCAGAUAGGAAAAUACAAUUUGUGUUCGUAAUUUAUAGAAAAUUAAUAUUUUUAUUCUUUUUAUUUCUUUAAAUGCAUGCUUUUUUGCUACUUGCUUUAUAGCCUUGAAUGCCACUUUAUCAUUUGCGCAAAUUAAAAUCGUAAUUAUAUAUAAAUACUGAAUAUUAAUAUACAUAUGUAUAUAUAUAUAUAUAUUACGAAUUUACUUUAUAUUUAUACAGACAGAUUGAUGAACGAAGGGCAAGGAUAAAAGAAAAAUUCCAUCCUCUUUUUUUUUUUUUUUGAAACUGUAUAUUAAUUACAUCGUUACUGUAUAUUAUAUAUAUUCUUCUUCUGUUAAUAGUCUAUUAAUGACGCUGUACCUAUCGUACAGCUAUCGUUUAUCGCGCUUCGCACAUGAAUCCCUCGACAGGCCUUCUUUCUUGAGAAUUCAAUGAACUCUUCAGCUCGUCGAUAAACAGCGAAAACGACUGAAUCGAAUUUGAGCUACUUCAGUCUUGUCGAACGCGAGAACUUGUUAAGAAAACAGUAAAAAAAAAAAAAAAAAAAAAAAAAAAAAGGAACUUGUAAAAGACACGCGAUGAUAGCGUAA